AUGUCCUCGCCACCCAGGAAUAGCGGCGCUAAUUUGUCGUCAACUUUUAAUGAUGACUCUCCCGCGGGGAACCCAAACAUUCCAUCGUCAGCCCCUCCCACCCAUCACUCAUCACCUCCAUAUUCAUCGAUGAGUGGAAACUAUGCAGGUAGCGCCCACUUCGGAGAAGACGAGAUAGGGUCAGGACCUUCUGGUGCAACCCCUGCGUUUCCUAGCUCCUCAAGGUCAAUCGGUGGACCUGAUAGGAGCUCACAACCGCAAAUGGGUAGCAGCCAGCACUUCGAGAGGGAGGAAGGAGAUGUCGAGCAAGAAGAGUUGCCCUUGGACGGUGUUAGGAGACGAAACUUAAACACAAUAAAAAAAGUUGAUGAUGUUACAGGUGAAAAGGUUCGUGAGGCUUUCGAGCACUUUCUUGAAGAUUUCACCAUCGAGUCUCAGGACGAUGGGCAGGAGCCGCAAGCGGUGAAAGCUUAUCGAUCACAGAUUGAGUUCAUGAGGGUUUAUGAUCUCAACACCAUUUAUAUCGACUACCAGCACUUGUCCACUCGAGAAAACGGUGCCUUGGCAAUGGCUAUUUCUGAACAGUAUUAUAGAUUUCUGCCGUUUUUACAGAAGGGCCUGAAGAGAGUGAUUCGAAGACAUGCUCCGCAACUGCUAUUCACCGCCGACUCUGUUUCACAGAACCCAGGGGGGCUUGAUACACAGAAUACCUCGAAUGCGGAUUCUUACACACAGGAAAGCCAAGGAACUGGUGAAUCGGUGCCCCGUGGCGGAAACCCGAGCUCGGGUUUCGCCACGGGUGCUUCCACUGCGGGAUCGCCUGAGCAAACUGAGCGCGUGUUUCAAAUAAGUUUCUUCAAUUUACCCACAAUAAACCGUAUUCGUGACAUUAGGGCUGAAAAGAUAGGCUCUCUCAUGAGCAUCUCAGGUACGGUAACAAGAACUUCAGAGGUUCGCCCAGAGCUCUUCAAGGCAAGCUUCACAUGUGAAAUGUGCCGCGCAGUUGUAGAUAAUGUUGAACAGGUUUUCAAGUACACUCAGCCAACCUACUGUCCUAACCCUUCCUGUGAAAACCAAGCUUUCUGGACACUAAGCGUUGGAAGAUCCAAAUUCCUGGAUUGGCAAAAGGCCCGAAUUCAAGAAAACGCAAAUGAAAUUCCAACUGGUUCAAUGCCUCGUACUCUUGAUGUCAUUUUAAGAGGUGACUGUGUCGAACGUGCGAAACCUGGAGACAGAUGUAAGUUUACAGGGACCGAAAUAGUUGUUCCUGAUGUCACUCAGCUGGGGUUACCAGGUGUGAAACCGAGCUCCUCCAUGGACACAAGAGGUCUGGCUAGAAGUUCAGAGGGAUUGAACAACGGUGUGAGCGGGCUCAAAUCCUUGGGUGUCCGCGACCUAACCUAUAAAAUAAGUUUCCUCGCAUGUCAUGUUGCACCCACGGGAAAGGACGCUACCAGCGGUGCAGACACACGCGAUGAGGGUACUGAGCUCUUGAACCUACAAGUCAACAGCUCAGGAAACGACGAUGAAAGAGAUCAGGAAGUGUUUCUUAACAGUUUGAACCCUCAGGAGAUCAAUGAGUUGAAAGAGAUGGUGAAAGACGAACAAAUUUACGACAAGUUGGUACGAUCAAUCGCACCUGCUGUGUUCGGGCAUAAUACCGUGAAAAAAGGAAUACUGUUACAAAUGCUCGGAGGUGUUCACAAGACGACUGUAGAAGGCAUAAAUCUUAGAGGCGACAUCAACAUCUGUAUUGUUGGCGAUCCGUCUACUUCCAAGUCCCAGUUUCUGAAAUAUGUGUGCAGUUUUGCACCUAGGGCUGUUUACACAUCAGGUAAGGCAUCUUCUGCUGCAGGUUUAACUGCUGCAGUUGUGAAAGACGAGGAGGCUGGAGACUUUACGAUCGAGGCCGGUGCUUUGAUGCUUGCUGACAACGGCAUAUGUUGUAUUGACGAAUUUGACAAAAUGGAUAUUUCGGAUCAGGUUGCUAUCCAUGAAGCCAUGGAGCAACAAACAAUCUCCAUAGCCAAGGCCGGUAUUCAUGCCACUUUGAAUGCGCGGACUUCUAUUUUGGCUGCUGCGAAUCCCGUUGCCGGUCGAUACAACAGGAAGCUUACACUGAGAGGCAACCUGAAUAUGACCGCUCCUAUUAUGUCGCGGUUUGACCUUUUCUUCGUGGUACUCGACGAUUGCAAUGAAAAAAUCGACACUGAGCUAGCAGCACAUAUCGUAGAUCUGCACAUGAAGAGAGACGAAGCGAUUGACCCACCUUUUACAGCAGAUCAGCUUCGUCGUUACAUCAAGUACGCAAGAACUUUCAAGCCCUUAAUGAACGAAGAGGCUAGAAACUACUUGGUGGAGAAAUACAAAGAGCUUCGAAGAGAUGACGCCCAAGGGUUUAGCAAGUCGAGUUACCGAAUCACAGUUAGACAACUGGAGAGUAUGAUCAGACUAUCGGAAGCUAUCGCACGGGCAAAUUGUGUUGACGAAAUCUCACCCAACUUUGUGGCUGAAGCUUACGACUUACUGCGGCAGAGUAUUAUCAGAGUCGACGUUGAAGAUGUUGAUGUCACAGGUGACUCAGAUGAUGAAUCGAACGAGGGUGGAAACGACGGGGGUAACGACAGCGGUAAUGACAGCGAUGGUCACGGCGACUCCGGCGAUCAGGUAGCAUCGCAGAGGUCAUCAGAAGAACCGCUAGAGACACGCGAGACGCCUCUGCCUUCGGAAUCCGGGCAUGGCGACAAGAAAGGCAAAGUGACAAUCUCGUACGACAAAUAUGCCGCCAUGAUCAAUUUGAUUGUGCAAAAGGUUGCUCAGGAAGAUCGUGACGGAGGAGCAGAGCUCACUGCAGCGGAUAUCGUCGAUUGGUAUCUCCUACAACGCGAGAAUGAGAUCAACAGCGAGUCUGAAUAUUGGCAAGAGCGUAAACUCGCUUUCAAGGUCAUCAAGAGGCUGGUAAAGGACAAAAUUCUCAUGCAAGUGCAGGGCAACAUGCAAGCUCUGGCCGACCAUGAGGGCGAUCACCCCAUAUCAGAAAGGGUCGUCUACGUCAUCCACCCCAACUGUGCCGUGCUAGACAAUAUUGUCGGACCAUCUCGCCAGGGCUAA